AUGGUCGCGACGGUUUGGUUCGCAGUUGGUUUGCUUUUGGCGGUGGCCGGGCCGGGGUCUGCAGGGCAGGGUCUUCCGCCGUCGGUAUUCGAGGUGGGUGAGUUUGGGGAUCCGCCGGUGUUGGUGUCCCCGGACCCGGAUGAGGAUUUUGCGGCGGAGGACUUUGCUGCAGCAGAGUACCGUGAGUCAGACGACAAGUUAGAUUCGGACUUGUUGGACGACGACGACGACGACUAUGACUUGGCGGGAAUCAGUUGCGCCUUAAUUAGUGGCGAAUGUUCGGCUUGCGCUAAGACCCGCGGUUGUGGCUAUUGCGAAAGCGCCGGUGUGUGCAUGGACAGCCGUGGACCCUGCGCACACGCACGGCCUGUCACCUGGCACUGGCAAUGUGCAGACCACACACGCUGGUGGGUGGUCGUCCUCAUUGCACUCUCCAUGCUCGUGUCCUGUGCACUCACCGUUGGAUGCUGCCUCAAACUCGUCUGCUGCUGCUGUAAGACUACGCCCGCCACCUAUCUAACUAUCUACCUAUUCAUCCGUUACUUCAUACGCCCCACACCUGACCCUAAGGCCAAGGGGAAGGGGGGUUCUGUCUCUGAAGGCAAGGCCCCCUCGAACCAGGCCCACACGGACCAUACCUUCUUUCUUUCAGGCAUCGAACAAGUCUCAGCCACCUGUUGCUGCAAACGCAACCGAAGUGGCGCUCUCGAUGAUAGUGACUACACUGAUAGCGUCCUCUCCGGCUCCCUCUAA